UGACUGGAUGCCAAAAGGAGAGGAAAAAAGAACCGUGGCUCACAAGCAUUCAUCGGUGGCUUUAUGAAUGUUAGAGUUUUCCUGCCUAUAAGUACUAAUUUCUACUCUGCUACAUUCACCCUCACUCGUGAAUUGUGAAUGGAGAAAGUGAUGCAGAAUGAAAUCGAAAACGGGGUCGUAUCGACUGGAUCGUCUCUGAUAUUUCUGGGUACGGGUUGUUCCAGCGCUCUCCCAAACUCAAUGUGCCUUAUUCAGCCAACAGAUCCUCCUUGCAACGUCUGCUCCCAGGCGUUGUCUCUCCCGCCUCAUCUUAAUCCUAAUUACAGGUGUAACACUUCUCUUCUGAUUGAUUACUGUGAGAAUGAGAGAGAUGAUAAACAUAGCUACAUUUUAAUUGAUGUUGGCAAGACCUUCAGGGAGCAAGUUCUUCGCUGGUUUACCUUCCAUAAGAUUCCACGAGUUGAUUCUAUUAUUUUGACUCAUGAACAUGCUGAUGCAGUUCUUGGUCUGGAUGAUAUUCGUGGUGUGCAGCCUUAUAGUGCCACGAAUGAUAUUGACCCUACACCUGUUUAUUUAACUCAAUUUGCAAUGGAGAGUGUAUCGGUGAAAUUUCCAUAUUUGAUUAGGAAGAAACUGAAAGAAGGCCAAGAAAUUAGACGGGUGGCACAAGUUGACUGGAAGAUAAUUGAGGAACAAUGUGAUAAGCCUUUUGUUGCUUCAGGCCUAAAACUUAUUCCCCUUCCAGUAAUGCAUGGAGAAGAUUAUGUCUCAUUGGGCUUUCUCUUUGGUGAAAAAUGUAGAGUUGCUUAUAUAUCUGAUGUUUCCCGCAUUCCUUCAAGCACAGAAUAUGUAAUUUCGAAAUCUGGUGCGGGGCAAUUGGAUCUUCUUAUCUUGGAUACAUUGUAUAAGAAAGGAUCCCACAAUACUCACUUCUGCCUUCCACAGACUCUUGAAGCUGUGAAAAGGUUAUGUCCUAAGCGGGCUCUGUUAGUUGGAAUGACUCAUGAGUUUGAUCACCACAAGGACAAUGAGUUUCUUGCAGAAUGGUCUAGAAGGGAAGGAAUCCCAGUUCAGCUUGCACACGAUGGUCUGAGAAUCCCAAUAGAUCUAUGAUGAGGUCAAUAUGAAGUAAAGGGCAGAAGAAUACCAUUUUCACCCCACUUGAUGGAAAGAGUCAUAAUUUUUAGUGUCAGCAUUCAAUUAUUUUAGGUUAUAUUGACUAUCAAUUUUUCAGGGGAAAGUAAAAAUUUAUCAUUAUUAUUGAUAGACAUUUUUACAAUUUAAAAUAUUUGGAUGAAAGAGAUUAAAAUAUGAAAAUGUUAUGUAUUAUAGAUAAUAGUAUCUCAUCUUAACUCACAAGAAUUGUCCAAUUGAAGUGGCUUGGGUCCACCGGUCCUGGAAAAAGAGAAGAGAAUUUACUCUUACUUAGUGUUUAUAUUGGAAUGCAUUUGAGUCAUGUAUUGUGAAAAAGGCUUGCGAGAAGAUAUGAUGUAACCCUUGGACGGCAGUGAACCCGAAAGUACAAAUGGUGACAUGGUAUGAAAGGCUUUGUAGAUUAGUAUGUGUCAUAACACACUGGGCUUUCGUAGAGCAGUGCGUUCUAUCAUUUGACAGGCUUUGUAACAUGUGGCAUUGUGUUAUGGAUUUUGUAAAAUGUAAAGCCAUGGGAAAUCAAAUUUCUAAAAAACCCAAAAAUAUUUUAGCGA